AUGGUCAUCUGUCAGCUAUCAAGCGCGACUGAUAGUCGCCCCUCAGCUCCUCCAGAAAUAUCAACACCAACCCUUCAACUUCUGUCUAUCAAAAGGGCUACUACCACCAUCGCGCACACCAUCCCACCACCAUCCCACCAUCUCAACUUGAAUGUCAUGUCCAGGACUCCUCCCCGUUCGAUUCAAAAACAAGCUCUGUUUCCUGCAACACGGACGGGCACUGCCCACGAUCAUGUGGUUGUCCUGUCAAUCCAAAUCUACCACUAAACCACCCAUCCGAUCCCCGUCUUUACAGCAGCAUAACUGGCAAGUUUCGACUGAUCCCUAUCGACACCUGGAGUUCUCUCAUCGCAGCUCAUCAAACUCCUCAGCUCCCAGCACUUGCAGUCGACGACCUCAAUACAUACCCACAAGUAAAGCAAAAGAUUUGGAGUGAAUACACAACAAAAUGCCAAGAGUACAUUCAGGGUACCUCAAAUACUGAGCUGAACCUGCUUUGUGUGAUCUCUGCCUUUGUGCCUGCUAGUUUGUUUGCCCUCAAGGGAUUGGCGAGCAUGUUCCCUCCAGAGCUAGAGCUGGACAUACAUCAUGUAAAUGGUAUCGUCAACCCAGCAAUGGAGCAAAUUUGCAUUCUAAGCCACGUGCCAACUUCCAUCGCGCAAAAGCUAUGCUGCAUCAUGGCUAAUCCUGCUUUCCAUGAUACUGAUGGCCUUGGUCUUCUUUAUCACACGUUCAGAUACACAGUCCAUGCUCGCUCAAAACCUCAUCUCCCGGCGCCUAAAUAUGGUCAAUUAUCUAUCAUGAUGAAAGCAAAACGCGUUGCUCAGCAGUACGAACUACUGGUGCCAGGAGGAUCGAUAGAUUAUCGCUUUUGGCUGCCGCAUAUGAGCAAGUCUAUUCAGCUAGGCGGCCGAAUUCAGCGAAAUUCUUGCGUAACGUCCGAUAUCCGAACAUUCAUACUUCAGCAGGCAUUCUGGAAGAGGAUCUCGACAUGAUCAUAUCUGCCUGGGACAAAUUUGCUUUCGACAACCCUGUAUAUCGUCUUAUAAGUAUGCAGCACUACUGUGAUAUGUGGACGCAAGAGCAUACGGAGGUGGGAAACCCUGCUGAUUUGAGUGGGAUUGCUGAGAUGGUCCUCAAUUCUAAGCGCAGCAAGGUCAUGUGUGUGAAACUUAUGAUCAAAAGAGAUAUUUUCAUUGACCAAAUGCGGGCUGCAGUACCAAACCCUAUGAACGCACCACUGCUUACACCUAAUGCAGCACCUCCACAGUGCGAAUUGCCAGAACACACUACGGAACCACAAUCUCGCAAGGAGACGACGAAGCUCGUGACGGCUGUAAAGAAGGAAUCUGCAAAGGGAGAGAUGAGGACUUCUGCCAAGAAAGACAUCACUAAAACGAAGACAAACGAGAAGCACUCCAAGAUCUCUAAAAUUCGGAAUUCUGGUGGCGAUGGCGGCGUUGCUUCCCGUACAGGAUCAAGAGCCUUACAAGAUAAGUGA